CCAUCAUCCCCACGCAUGCACAUGCGCUUAUACGGAACGUAAAAAAGGCCUUUUCGUUUCCGAGCGUGGAGAGAGAUAGCGUGAGACUCAAGAUGCAGCUCUUCGUACGCGGACAGAACACUCACACCCUUCACCUGACGGGCCAGGAGACGGUUGAGGACGUUAAGGCCCAGAUUCAGGCCCUUGAGGGACUUGCAGUGGAAGAUCAGGUACUGCUGCUUUCUGGCACCCCCCUGGAGGAUGGCGCAUUCCUGGAGCACUGUGGGGUGUCUGAGAACUGCACCCUGGAAGUGACUGGCAGGCUUCUGGGAGGUAAGGUCCACGGCUCCUUGGCUCGUGCUGGGAAAGUGCGGGGACAGACACCCAAGGUGGACAAACAGGAGAAGAAGAAGAAGAAGACCGGACGUGCCAAGCGGCGCAUUCAGUACAACCGCCGCUUUGUCAAUGUGGUACCCACAUUUGGCAAGAAGAAGGGCCCCAACGCCAACUCUUAGAACCCUACCAAACCCCCAGUAGAGCAAGGACAUGGAGAAAUGCACGUUGUAGAUUCCUGGAUACUUCAGAUCUGCAAAAGCACAUCCUUUAGCACCAAAUUCAGACUAUGCAUAAAGUCUAAAUCUGGCGUUUGGCUACUGGUUUCUAUUUCUGAUUUUUUCAGCUUGCGAGUAGUUUCAUUUGAGGAUGUGAAUGUAAACCUGAUCAGGUCUCUACUGUAAGAAUCAAAAUAAAGUGCAUACUUAUGUUCUCAA